CCUCAGCGCAUGCGCAAAGCUUGUUGUGCCUGUUUGUCGCGAGCGAACUGUCUGGAAUAAAGUCUCGCCUUUGGGUUUGUAAACACAGUUCAGUUAUUUUCCUCCUUUAGAGUUAAUCGGUACACAGCGACCUCAGGACUGAAAUUAAAAAUAAAAUAAAGUGAUUUUCAUCCUGAGGAGGUCAGAGACAGGACAGCAGCGCGCAGCAGAUCUACUCGGAGUUAAACCUUGAGCAGAAGCUCCAUGAUGGAGUAUUAUCAGAUCCUAGGCAUACGCAAAGACGCCUCUCCGGAUGACAUAAAGAAAGCAUACAGAAAACUAGCCUUAAAAUGGCAUCCAGAUAAAAAUCCAGACAACAAAGAAGAGGCUGAGAGGAGAUUUAAGGAGAUCUCUGAAGCUUAUGAAGUUCUGUCAGAUGAAAACAAACGUAAUUUAUACGACAGAUACGGCAAAGACGCCCUGUCUGGAGGUGGAAGAAGAGGAGGACAUUAUGAUGACCAUUUUGGUGGUGUGUUCACAUUCCGUAACCCUGAAGACGUUUUCAGGGAAUUCUUCGGAGGCAGAGAUCCAUUCGCAGAUUUCUUCAGAGACGACCCCUUCGACCCGUUCGACGAUUUCUUCGGGUUUGGUGGCAGCCGGAGGCAGAGAGGUGUGAGGAGUCGAACUGUUGACUCCUUUUUCCCAGGGUUUGGGGGAUUCCCUCCGUUCGGGGCUGGAUUCUCAGGCUUUGACUCAGGUUUCGCAUCCAUCGGCCCGAUGGGUGGAGGAAGCUUCACCUCUUUCUCCUCGUCAGCGUUCGGUGGUGGUGGUGGAGGAGGCGGCGGCGGCGGGAUGGGAAACUUCCGCUCAGUCUCCACCUCCACUAAGUUCAUCAAUGGCAGAAGGAUCACCACCAAACGCAUUGUGGAGAACGGUCAGGAGCGGGUAGAGGUCGAGGAAGACGGCCAGCUGAAGUCUCUCACGGUCAACGGUAGGGAGCAGCUCCUGCGAAUCAACAACAUUUGACCAUUCCAGUCGAAAAAAAGGAAAAAAAAUCGCUUCAAAGACCAAAAAGAAAUUUCAAAAACGCAACUCGUGUCCAGGAGGUUCUCUAUCUCUCUCUUCAACAUUCCACCAACACGCGUAACACACUAGCUCACAGAACACUGAUACAGGAAGUGUUUUUGUUUGCUUUUUGAAUGUUAAAUUUCUUCAUCCUUGACUUCACUGAACCAGUUUGAGCCAAUCCAUCUGUAACAUUUGAUAAAAGCAGAUAAUCAGUAUUUCAAUGAAUUACCAUGUACGUUCCCUUUAUUAUUAUUAUUAUUAUUAUUAUUAUUAUCUGUGUUGGCUGUUUUACUUUUGAUCCCUGCUGCAUGGUGUGCCGGUGAUGCAGCUUCUCAUGUGAUUGUUCCAUAACCUCCAGCUCUGACACUUUGCAACUAAUUAUUAAUAUAAUUUAAUAUAAAUAUAUGUGCAUAGGAUUUUUGUUUUUUUUUUGUGCAAGUUAAAAAAAAAAAAUCUGGUUCAAUAAAAUGUGUUUUCACCUCUCUUUGGGGACGUUGCACUCAUGCUUUGUGUGUUUUGAUUUCACCAAUAAUGACACCACAUAAUGCUAAUGAAAGUGUGUGCAUUUGACUUCACUGUUUUCUGCCUUGUGUGUGUUUCACCCACUCACUCAAAGAAUAUUAAACCAUUAAACCACACUUCUGUGCUAA